AAAAGGUAAAAAAAGAAAAGGGCUGUUGGGCUGCAAGGAGAGAAAAAAGAAAGGAAAGAAAAAAGAGCUCUCUCCCAAAUCAAACUAUUGGGAAGAAAAGAAAAGAAAGGAAGCUCUCUCCUGAUUUUCCCUCCAUUCCCGCCGCGGCGUGCGCACAUUGUUGCAUUGUUGCAAUGAUCGCCGGACGUCGGCGAAGUCCGUCUGUCCUGGCGUUUUUUCGCCGAUUCUCCGAUGCCCAUCUCGACCUUGUCCUUAAGGAGGUAGAAGGGAUCCAAUCUUCGAAGCCGGAUGAACUACCAAUCUCUCGCCCCGCCGUACCUCGGCCGUCUGGUUCGCCCCAAAAGAUGGAGAUCUCGCAUCCAUGGUCGGAGUGGGUGGAGCUUAUGGAGAUGCUGGUGCAGAAGAGAUACUUCGUCGGCGCCAGCAGCGGUUUGCUCUUAGGCUCUUCCCCGAAUGCCCUGAAGGACGCGAACAAGAUCAGAACCGCUUCCCUCAACUUCGCCCGCGAUCGUUUCGAUAUUAUCAGGUUCUUAUCUAGAACGGAUAUCCAUGGUAUUGUCAAUUGUGGCUGUCCUAGCGUGGAUAGGAAAAUUGUCAACUCAGGGAAGCGUCUGAGGGCAUUUGUGGGCAUUGAGGAAGGAGAUGUUUGCAGUAUGUGCAACUUAAGGGGCAUGUGUGAGAGAGCAUAUGUGAAGGCACGGGAGGAUGAAGGUGGUCGUACACUUGAUGUGAUGCGAAUUUUGUUAGCGUACGGCCUUGAUCCUCUCAUUGGGUCGAUUGAAAACAAGGCUUGUUUAACAAAACCCACCAAAGAAUUGGUUAGGAGGCUGAUGAAACAAAUUGUGGAGCAUGGCACCAAGGAAGUUGAUCCAGAGUUUUCAAAGCCAAUUUCCGUGUUCCCAACCAAAAAGCGAGAAAGCUUAAUGAAGAACCGGACUUCACCAGCACGAGUUGAUCUGCCAUCGAAGCAGGGAGAUUGGAUUUGCCCAAAGUGCAACUUUCUUAAUUUUGCAAAGAAUCUUAAAUGCUUAAGAUGUGAUGGGUUAUUCCAAGAGAGGCUCCAGAAAAUGAGAGAGGAGACUGAGUUCGUUAUGAUGAAGAAAGGAGAUUGGUUGUGUGAUAAGUGCAAUUUCCUAAAUUUUGCCAAGAAUGGUAAGUGCUUGCAGUGUGGUGAGAAGCCACCAAAGAGGCAGCUUAAUCCUGGAGAGUGGGAGUGUCCAUCGUGCAAUUAUAUAAACUUCAGGAGAAACAUGGUGUGCCGGAAAUGUGAAUGGAAAAGGCCAAAAGCUGAGUGCUUUUCAGGCAGUCUUGGACAGUUUCAUAGCGAACACCCUGAUUAUCGCCGAGGAUCCAGGAUGACUUUUGUCAAAAUUGAAGGUGAUGAAGCUACUGAUGAUGAAUUGUGGAAUAGUGGGGAACCUGGGCCUUUCAAGUUUAAGGAUUUUCCGAUGCGUGGAGGUAAGAGUGAUAUCUCAAUAGGUUGGGAUGUCAGAUCUCAGGAGCCUAUAGGGGCACAAGGUGCAGUUAACAAGAAUCCAGAUCCUGAUAGCUGGAUAGGUCUUUGUGAUGAUGGUUGUAGCAAUUCGAGUGCUGAGGAUGACGAAGACAUUGCUGGCUGGUUUGGACGACGGGGUUCUGGAUAGUAUCAUUUGCUACACCAGCAUAUAGGUAU